UCGUGGAUGCUGCGAGGCUCGCAAGAAAUGGUGGCCCUGAGGGCGCUUUGGGAAUUGUGGAUCAGGCAUCAGUGUGAAGCUUCCUGCUUGUUUGGGAACGAUGGCGGAGGUCAUGAGCUUAUGCUGGGCGAGGGAAAAUGAGUGCAAUGCACUAGGAACAUCCGCUCUGUCUGCAAACCCAGAGCGUUCACACAGCACUCUGCUUUAUCUGAGACCUCCCAGCCAUGACUUUCCAACGCCAUUCUACAGAUGAGGAAACUGAGGCCCUUACCGGCAAGAUUAAGUGACCGCCCACGGUCACACAGUCAGUCACCAGCUGAAAGGAACAGUGAGAAUCUGAGGGCUUAUGGUCCGAGCCCUCAGCCCUGUUUCUGCUCUAACUGGGUGCCACCAGGCUCCCUCCGCGGCAGCCUCUCCUGGUCCAGCUCACCUGAGCUCCAUGGACGCCCGCUGCUCUCAUCACUUCUGCCUCCUGCACUCUCUGCUUCCGGUUCUCUGGGUUUCGUGCUGUUCCGGUUUUGUUCAGGUUUAGCACAAGCUGUGAUGAAUAUCUUCAAGCCUCUGCUUCCUGCUGUGGAAUUGUUGCCAAAGGACACGUUCCCAGAUGGGAUUACUGAGUCAGAGGAAGUGGACAUUGAGUGGCUCUCAACAGACAGGCUGUGUUGCUCUCACAGUGCCCAGAGUAAAUCAUAUCGGUAUAAAAUAAUGAGAUGGGACCUGGCCAUCCGAAGGUUCAUUCACUCUCAAGGCUGGAGGUUGAUGCCAGCUGUCGGCUGUGACCUCAGCAAUGGAGUCUUGCUGUGUUACCCAGGCUGGUCUCAAACUCCUGGGCUCAAGCGAUCCACCCUCCUUGGCCACCCAAAGUACUGGGAUUACAGACGUGAGCCACCAUGCCCGGCUUGGACCCAUUGCUUCCCAUGGGUGGCCAGCCGAAUGCAUUAUGGGAGAAAGCAGGUCUCGUGGAUAAUAUUUCUGAAGAUCAGAGCAGGUUGUGUCGGGUCCACGUUGGCCAUGACUGCAGCACGCUCCGGAGGCAGCAGGGGGCACCCUGGAGCUUCGCAUCCUCCCUCAGGCCCGCGGCAUCUCCCCUGGCUCCACCAUCCCCGGGCGUCUCAGCCUCAAUUUGCACCCCUGGCCUGUGCGGUUGGCACUGUCUCCCGUGGGGAGCCCCUGCCUGGCUCAGGGGAGACCCUGGUGCAGAGCCCACCUUUGGAGCUGCCCUGUCCUGCUGAGGCAGGAGCCACCCCUGGCCUGGCCCUGACCCUGGCCCUCCGGUCUGGGCUGGUGCAGCCUCUGCAAUUUCCUGGGGAGGUGCCUGGGCCCUAUUCCUUGACACAUGAGGAGCAGAUGCCAAGGGCCACAGUGAACGCCGUCACCUCUGAGGACCAGGGUCGGGAGCUGGGGAAGGAGGAAAGGACUCAGGGGCAUCCCAUCCUUGGUUUUCAGAGCAGCUGA